AUGUGGUGGUCUCAGUCAAAACCACUGAUCACCACCGUCAACCUCCUCCUCCUAUCUCUCCACCUCCACCUCCUCCCCACCCCCACUCUCUCCCAAUGCCGCACCUCCUGCGGCCCCAUCCCCAUACACUACCCUUUCGCCCUCGAUGACGGCUGUGGCGCGCCCCAGUUCCGCCACAUGUUCAACUGCUCCACCGACCUCUUCUUCGCCACCCCAUCCGGAAACUACAAAGUCCAGUCCAUAAACUACGACAAGAAAACCAUGGUCGUCUACGACCCCGCCAUGUCCACCUGCUCCAUCCUCCAGCCCCACCACGACUUCCUCAUGACCCCAAUCCAGUCCGCCAUUAUCCCGCCGACCUCCGACACCGUCUUCGCCCUCCUCAACUGCUCCGUCGACUCCCCUGUCCUCAACCACUACAAGUACCUCUGCUUCAACUUCUCCGGCCACUCCUGUGACGAGCUCUACGACUCCUGCAACGCUUUUCGGAUUUUCCGUACCGGUUCCGGAUUGGCCACUCCUACCCCCAGUCCCGGAGGAUUUUUAAGCAACGGUACUACCCCCAGUCCCGGAGGAUUUUUAAGCAACGGUACUACCCCCAGUCCCGGAGGAUUUCUAACCAACGGUACUCCUCCUCCUCCUGCUACUACGACUACUUCUCCGCCGUGUUGUUUUACGGGGUACGAUUCGGUGAAGUUCAUGAGCAUGAAUAUAUUGGACUGCACGCAUUAUACUAGCGUGACGAAUACGGACGGAUUGAAAGGGUUAGGACCGCCGGAUUGGGUUUACGGGAUUAAGCUGAGCUUCGCGGUGCCGGAUACCGGGUGUGAGAGGUGUGCGCAGUCCGGUGGGACUUGUGGGUUUGAUACCGAGACUGAAGGGUCUCUCUGCCUCUGCUCAACUUCCUCUAAUUUCACUAGACAAUGUGGUGCAGGCAGUUUUUCAGCGGUAGGACGGGACUGUUCUCCCAAUAUACUAUUCCAAGCAUUCUUUGUGAUUUUGGGGGCGUUGUUAGUCAUUUUUGCAUGAGUUUAGGAUGCUGAAUUUGUGAUGGUGUUAGUGUUAAUCUUUUGCUUAAUUAUCUUUGAGAUAUGUGAACAUUUCCUCUUCUUAUCUAUCUUCAUUUGCAUGCA